AUGGAAGCCGUUCUCAAAGGUCGGGCAAUGUGCCCAUUUCUUCAAAAGACCUCGCCCGCGACUCUCCGAUCCCUUUCGACCUCUACUCGUCCCCAUGCCUCCCCAGGUGGGGGAAGUAUGUCCAAUCUCCAGACCAUUGCUGGUCGAUGUCCAGUCAUGGGCAAAGCUCUCGCCGUCCAAACCGCAAAGGCCGGAAAGGUUGGAUUUGGUGGCGUGACUGCCAUGAAGGCCAUUCGAGCCUUCUCUGGAAAAGUUAGCACGGGAAAGGCAAAACUUCACACUAGCAGAUCCCAUGAAGCGAGGGCUGUCGAGGACACUGUGUUUGGUCGUGAAAAUGUACCAUUUCAACACAUCAAUCAAACGCGCCCACCAACUCAAGCCACUCGCCAUGACCAAUCAAAGGCCCCCAAGUUUGAUUACGAAGGAUUCUACAACGCGGAAUUGGAGAAGAAGCACAAGGACAAGUCAUACCGCUACUUCAACAAUAUCAACCGGUUGGCCAAGGAAUUUCCUCGGGCUCAUAUGGCCGACAAGAACGAGAAAGUGACGGUAUGGUGCUCCAACGACUACCUUGGCAUGGGCCGGAAUCCACAAGUCCUGAAGGCGAUGCAUGAAACCCUUGAUGAAUAUGGUGCUGGUGCUGGUGGAACCAGAAAUAUCUCAGGUCAUAAUCAGCAUGCGGUUGGCCUCGAGGCAUCAAUUGCGAAACUUCAUGCUAAGGAUGCCGCGCUUGUUUUCACUUCAUGCUAUGUAGCGAACGAUGCGACUCUUGCGACCCUCGGUAGCAAGCUACCCGAUUGUGUGUUUUUGUCAGAUUCUUUGAACCAUGCUUCUAUGAUUCAGGGCAUUAGGCACUCUGGCGCGAAGAAGAUGGUCUUCAAACACAAUGAUUUGGAGGAUUUGGAGGCCAAGUUGGCGUCUCUUCCACGCGAAGUUCCUAAGAUUAUUGCGUUCGAAUCCGUGUACAGCAUGUGCGGCUCAAUCGGCCCCAUUGAGGGGAUUUGCGAUUUAGCCGAGAAGUACGGCGCACUCACCUUUCUCGAUGAAGUCCAUGCAGUAGGAAUGUAUGGACCACACGGCGCUGGUGUAGCAGAACAUCUAGAUUAUGAAGCUCAUCUUGCAGGUCGUCCAAAGGGUACCAUCAUGGACCGCGUGGAUAUCAUCACUGGAACUCUAGGCAAAGCAUACGGAUGUGUCGGUGGUUAUAUUGCCGGAUCCCAUAAGAUGGUUGACGCUAUCCGAUCUCUUGCUGCCGGUUUCAUCUUCACCACCUCUCUUCCACCCGCAACCAUGGCUGGUGCCCAAGCCGCCAUAGAAUAUCAAUCAGAAUAUCAAGGUGACCGCCGCCUUCAACAACUCCAUACUCGCGCCGUCAAAGAUUCGCUCAGCGAACGCGAUAUUCCAGUCAUUCCUAACCCCUCUCACAUUAUCCCCGUUCUUGUUGGAAAUGCGGAGCUUGCCAAACGUGCAUCUGACAUGCUUCUUGAUGUUCACGGCAUUUAUGUCCAAUCUAUCAAUUAUCCUACCGUUCCGGUUGGUCAAGAGCGCCUUCGUAUCACUCCAACACCAGGCCAUGUUCGCGAGUAUCGUGAACAUCUUGUAAACGCCAUCGAUUCUGUCUUCACCGAACUCGGUAUCAAACGCACUUCCGAAUGGGCCGCCGAAGGUGGUUUUAUCGGUGUAGGCGAAGCUGGCAGCGAGGCUCCAGAACCACUUUGGACCGACCAACAACUUGGCGUGGACCAAAUUGUCAAGGAAAUGAAGGCCGCUGGUCCAGUGGGUGUCAUGGAGGCACUCCUAGAACGCGAGACUAAAGAAACGGCCAAAGCUGUUAGUGCUGCAGCUCAUUAG